ACUUCCAAAAGAGUGGGUUUCCACAUAUUUACAAAAGGCGCAACUCAAAUCUCAAGUUCCCUCUCUCUUCCACCAGGUUGAUGAGCCUAUCGCAGUCAAUUCUCUUCUUUCGCGAAUUUCCUCCGUCUAUACACUUUUUCUCGAAUCACCCGCCGCUUCGACCUUGAGGAACAUUCCGAUUUCAAUCAUGUCCAUGAGCACCAACGACCCAAACGCCGGCUCAGCAAUUCGUUUGUAUCAAACAGAACGUAUCCCCCGGAAUACCGGCAGGAUAUGCUGUGCAUGUAACAUGUUAUUUGCCAGGGCUUCUGUUCCUGCCUUGUGCUUGAACUGUGGUCAUGGAACAUGCGAAGCGUGUCCGGUGAUUGAGUUUGUGUCUCAUGGUCACAAUUUGAGUUCCUAUGAAAGUACAAAUAAAGGGCCUAGAAACUUGCUCAGACGAAUCCAGCCUGCUCUCUGGGAGCCAGAUCAGGCUCAAAACUUGGACGGACAUAAUGGACAAAAGUUACGAAGACAGGUACAAUACGAACGGGACCAUGAACAGGGAAACCAAGUGGAACCACAUCGAGAACAUCUGGAAGAGCAGCAGUCGUCAUCAAUUUCAGGGCGCAAAAAACGCAAGCUGAACAUGACCAAGUGCCAAAGGUGUCGAGAUGACAAAAAGGCUUGUAUCCGGCAGGGUUCGGAAAAAUGUAAUCGCUGUACUGAAAAGGAGCUUCAUUGCUCAGAAGGAACCCGAGUAAUACGCCCUCGGAAGCUUGCAUCGAGGUCUUUACCACCAACGCAAAACGUCAUUCCCUCGCCAGUCGAUUCGGAUGUCUCGAAAAUCAGCUUUGACCAAAUUGCUCUUCUCGUAAGCUACUACCAAAUGAUGGUCAAGGCUAAAGAAAAGCUCAUUAAACUCGGCAAACAUAUUCGUUCAUUAUUUGGAACUCCUUUGUCGCCCACCUACGACAUUUGGGAUCCAGAUUUUAUAUCUUUUGUCGUCAACAUCUACGAUGAAGUAAUUCUCACAUGCUUGACAAAACUCUUGACGGAGAAACAGUUCUCGAAAACCCUUCCGACACGCUCUUCACUUAUCAGCCUAAUUCUCGCUGUGGAUGUAUGCUGCAUCGAUCAUAUCUGCCCUAUUUGCCAGGACUCCGAUAUCGAAGUCGAUAUCGAACUACCGAUGUAUGGACUUAACGAUUCUAUGGAUUUAUUCAGAAAUUUCGUGGUAAAGGAGCACCUGAUCCUGCGCCACGGCCUUGAGCUCAAUAAGGACAAACUGGAAGAAGAAAUCCAAAUCUAUACCACGUUGUCAACUAAAGUGCCACGGGAAAUCAGCGUGGCGCUUGAGUCACUGGGCUUGUCUGAACUUGCCGAACAGAGUAGAGCCAUCGGACUUUACUAUCCUGACACGACUAUUCCGUUGCAUCACGCUGCUGCGAUGGGAUCUAUUGGAAUAUGCAAAGUAUUGGUAGGACGUGGAGGCGAAUUCGAUAUGGGGGCUGAAGACUUUAACCAGAGAACCGCACUCGACUAUGCAGUGAUCAGGAAACAUCAAGAAGUGGUGGAUCUGUUGACAGACUGUUAUCUUGAGGCUGGCUUGAAUGAAAAGGUGGCGAAAGCACACAGGAUCGCAGCAGCAGUGAGGGAUGGAACGUACGAGUCUUGGAAAACGUACGACUACUAGCAUGUAUGUCAAUUAAACUAUACUUCCU